GGCUCCAAGAUGACCAAAAAAAGGAGAAACAACGGCCGUGCCGAAAAGGGCCGCGGCCCCGUGCAGCCAAUUCGCUGCACCAACUGUGCCCGGUGCGUGCCCAAGGACAAGGCCGUUAAGAAGCUCGUCAUCUGGAACAUUGUAGAGGCCGCUGCUGUCAGGGACAUCUCCGAAGCCAGCGUCUUUGGCGCUUAUGUGCUGCCCAAGCUCCACGUCAAGCUGCGUUACUGCGUGAGCUGUGCCGUUCACAGCAAGGUGGUCAGGAACCGAUCCCGUGAGGCUUGGAAGGACUGA